AUGUGGAUGAGAGCUGAAGAACGACGACGUAAAACGCAGCAGCAGCAGCCUGGUGGAUGGAAGGCCAUUGCUUAUAUUCUAGGGAAUGAAACGUUUGAGAGGUUGGGAGCAUAUGGGUUGUUUGCAAACUUUGUGGUGUAUCUGACAAGAGAGUUUCAUUUGGACCCUGUUUCUGCUACGACUAUUAUAAGUAUUUGGUUUGGCCUCUCCCAUUUUGGACCUCUCAUUGGUGCCUUCAUCUCUGAUGCUUAUGCUGGUCGCUUCUACACCAUCGCUUUCGGUUCUUUCUUCUCUCUUCUGGGAAUGCUCCUCGUGACACUAACGGCGUGGUUGCCGGAGUUGCACCCUCCGCCAUGUACACCUCAACAAGAAGCACUAAACCAAUGUGUGAACCCCACCAAAACCCACAUUGGUGUUCUGAUAAUGGGACUUCUCUUACUAUCCAUAGGCUCUUCUGGUGUAAGGCCUUGCAGUAUCCCGUUCGGCGUCGACCAAUUUGACGCCGGCACCGAAGAAGGAAGAAAAGGAAUCAAUAGCUACUUUAAUUGGUACUACACUUCUUUCUCCAUCGUCCUUUUGAUCAACCAAACUGUGAUUGUUUAUGUCCAGGACAGUAUCAGUUGGAAGAUUGGCUUUGGGAUUCCCACUGUGUGCAUGUUCUUUUCCAUCUUCAUGUUCUUUGUGGGGACUAGGAUUUACGUUUAUGUGAAGCCAGAAGGGAGUAUAUUUUCUGAUGUUGCUCAAGUUCUUGUCGCUGCUUAUAGAAAGAGAAAAGUCGAGCUCCCUUCUGAGAAAGAGAAAAUGCAUGGGGCUUUUUAUGAUCCACCAUUGGAGAAGACUAGUGUUUCCUCCAAGGUUCCUUUGACCUACACAUUCAGGGUGUUAAACAAAGCUGCUUUAAUAAUGGAAGACGAGCUAAACCCAGAUGGAAGCAGAAGAAACAAAUGGAGACUUGCUAGUAUUAAGCAAGUAGAAGAAGUGAAAUGCCUGGCUAGAACCUUUCCAAUUUGGGUAACUGGAAUCCUCUGCUUCAUCCCCAUUACACAGCAAUCAUCAUUCACAGUCUUACAAGCUUCAAUCAUGGAUAGACACCUAGGACCCAAGUUCCAAAUCCCCGCAGGUUCAAUCCAAGUAAUGUCAUUCCUCACUAUAUGCUUCUUUGUCCCUCUCUAUGACCGAUUCCUCGUACCAGCAAUUAGAAAGAUGACACAUAUUGGAGGUGGCAUCACGUUGCUUCAGAGAAUCGGAAUCGGCAUGUUCUUCUCUGUGCUGUCCAUGGUCGUGUCUGGGUUAGUGGAAACAACUAGAAGGUCUUCGGCUAACUCGAACCAGAACAUGUCGGUUUUUUGGCUAACCCCACAGUUUACUCUGUUGGGUCUGUGUGAGGCGAUGAGUAUUAUCGGAUUGAUUGAGUUUUUCAAUAAGCAGUUUCCAGAACACAUGAAGAGCAUUGCGAAUUCUGUGGCGUUUUGUUCUCUUGGGCUUGCCAGUUAUUUGAACAGCUUGCUGGUGACCAUAGUUAGUUAUGGAACUCGACAUCGUACAGAUUGGUUGGGGAAGGAUUUGAACGUUGGGAGGUUGGAUUUCUUUUACUAUCUGGUUGCUGUGAUUGGAGGUUUGAAUCUGGUUUUAUUUAUCUGGGUUGCUAGUAGGUAUGAGUACAAGGAAAGAUUGAAAGUAUACAAUGACGAUGAUGUUGGUGUUGAUGUUGAUGCUGGAUUUGAUCUGGAGUUACACGGAAGGUUUGAAGUUUCAGCGUGA